AGCCCUAUAUAUCUUAAAUUUGAUUAAUAAACUUUACAUAGGAGGUUCAUACUGCAUUCAUAGAUUUUUUGUUGUGUCAAUAAGAUAUUUGAUCUAGUCAACUAACAGAACUAACAAAAUGUUAUAACAUGAUGCUAGUGGGCUUGGUUGAGGAGGUAACUGCUUGGGCCUCCUUCCCAUCCCACCAUUGUCAUCGGACUCAAUUGUCUUCCUCCUUCCCGGCGUUUCCUUGCAAAGACGGCAAACAUCACAAUCCACAACUUCUGUCUUUGAAGCAAUCUCUCUCUCCUCAGCCAACCAACAGAGCCGAGAAAUCACUAUGCUUUCACAUCCCACACCACGACGCUCCGGUACCCCACGUCGAACCCACGCGCAUUGCCAUCGUUUAUACUCACCCGCAGCUGAUCAUGCUUGCUGUUGCAACCAUGGCGGUUUCUCCUCUUCAUAGAAGCAAAAUGGGUUCUUGGGUUCUUCUUCUUGUUUUGCUAGCGUUAUUUGGGUUGAAUUUGAGUCAUUUGUUGAUGGAUGGAUCUCUUUCUACCGAGUACUCGUCGGCUAUAGGAGACCCAGGUAUGAAGAACCCAAAUGUCAGAGUUGCGUUGGAAGCUUGGAACUUUUGCAACGAAGUCGGCGUGGAAGCUCCCGGAAUGGGCAGCCCCAGGUGGGCUGAUUGUGCUAACUUGUACUGCCCUUCCAUUGAUGAUUCUCUGGGUCGCAACCCUCUUGGUUAUGGUUGUAAGUGUAAAGUGCAUCACAAAGUGAAUGAUACUGACAACAAUUUAGGGGCUGGUGAUAAGUUUCCAUUUGUUGGUUUUGAAUCUUACACGGAUCCUGACUUGUAUGCAACAGAAAAGGAACUUUAUCUUGCUUCUCUAUGUGAAGUGAAUGAAUCCAUGAAACCAUGGCAAUUUUGGAUGAUCAUGUUAAAAAAUGGUAACUUUGACAAAAACACAACACUUUGCCCAGAGAAUGGAAGGAAAGUAAGUAAAAUAAUUACAGGCAGAAAUUUUCCAUGCUUUGGUGAAGGGUGUAUGAACCAGCCACUUGUUUAUCAUAAUUACUCUAGACUGGUUUCUUCUGGGGAGGAAAACGAUUCUUUAAUUGGAGAAUUCUAUGGAACAUAUGACCUUGAUGCUAACUUGAGCAAAGGUGUGGGGAACAACUCAUUCUUUUCAGUCUCAUGGCACAAGAAUAUAAGCACCGGAAGUUGGAUUUUCUCCCACAGGCUGACAACUUCAGCCAAGUAUCCUUGGCUUAUGUUGUAUCUGCGUGCAGAUGCAACAGAAGGAUUUAAUGGUGGUUAUCACUAUAAUGGACGUGGCAUCAUGCAUAAGUUACCAGAGUCCCCAAAUUUCUGGGUGAAAUUGACACUUGAUAUCAAACAUGGAGGAGGAUCCAACAGUCAAUUUUAUCUGGUUGAUAUUGGAAGUUGUUGGAAGAACAAUGGAGAACCAUGCGAUGGUGAUGUUCUAACAGAUGUAACUAGAUAUAGUGAGAUGAUAAUUAAUCCAGCAACCACAAGCUGGUGCCGCCCAGAUAAUCUGGUUUCUUGCCCACCUUACCAUAUCAGUUCUACUGGAGAGAUAAUCUAUAGAAAUGACACAAAACAUUUUCCAUAUUCUGCUUAUCAUCUCUAUUGUAGCCCAGGAAAUGCUAAAUAUUUUGAGAAGCCAUAUGAUAUUUGUGACCCCUAUAGCAAUCCACAAGCGCAAGAGUUAGUUCAAAUUCUUCCACAUCCUGAAUGGGCUAUACAUGGCUAUCCUGAAAAGAAAGGAGAUGGAUGGAUUGGGGAUUCUAGAACUUGGGAGCUUGAUGUGGGUGCCCUCUCAAGUCGGUUAUACUUCUACCAGGAUCCAGGAACAAAGCCAGCACGGCGAAUAUGGUCUUCAAUCAAUGUUGGUACUGAGAUAUAUGUCAGUCAAGCUGGAGAGACUGCAGAAUGGACUGUUAGUGACUUUGAUGUGCUUGUUUCUGGAGAAGCUACUCCUAAAGGUAAAGGCUCAUACUAAUUCUCCAGCAUUGCUUGCACUCAUAUGGGGGCAAACCAAGAGAUAAAAUACAGUUUAACCCAGCAAUUAGCUAAAAAAAAAAAAUAGUGUAAUUAGUAGUUAAUGUUUGAAUGUAAUAAAAAAGAGUUUGCGAAGAAAGAAAAAUGCAGUUACCUGCUGUAGAAAUUAUGCUUUUUAUCCUUGGAACAUCUUUGUUGUAUAUAUGAUUGAUUGAAGCAUAUUAAUAAGAAAAAAAUAUUGCAAUUCCAAUAUACUCUUGCAGAAUUCAGGUAAAGACCCUUUCUGGGAAUAAUUGACCUAAGUUGAUAUUUUUCUUUUGAAUUUCUUGGACUUGUUUUCUUUGGUUUUUAUUUUUAUAUUACCUUGCUUUUCAUGGUUACACAGCAGGGGAUAACUUUUCUCUCAUCAGUUUAGUGCUCUUCACCCAUAUGCUGUGUGACUGGAACCAGAUCUCAUUUACAUAAGGAAAUUAACGAUAUGCUACUGUGGUGGUAUGUUUAUUUGUCCUGGUUUUUAUCUGGCUUGCGGUUUGUUAAGAUGUAUUUGUUUUUAAAAGAAAGAAAAAAAUUACUA